AUGCGCACGUCUCGCGACGAAGAAUACGAACUCAGCACUCAACUCCCUCCCCUUCAUCCCGCCAUCCCACCCACUACCACAGACACAGACGCAGAUACAGCAAUUCCUCCCGACCACCAUCCCGCAGCAGCAGCAGCAACAGACCAACACGGAGCCGACAUCCCGGCUCUCCCUCCCACAGACACAGGCCGGCAAGCCUGGCUCUUCCUGCUCGCAUGCUUCCUGCUCGAGGCACUAGUAUGGGGCUUUGCGUUCAGCUUCGGCGUCUUCGAGAAAUACUACUCGACGCACGAGCCCUGGAGCCGGACCUCUGGCGGCAGUAAUGGUCGCGGCGGUAAAAGCCGCGGCGUCGCAGCCAUCGGCACCACCGCGACAGGAAUAAUGUACUUCUCCGCGCCAAUCAUCCAUACGAUCCUGCGCAAGUACCCACGGCUACGGCGCCCCAGCACGAUAGCGGGCUUUGUGCUGCUGCUCGCCGCCCUCGUCGCCGCGUCCUUCGCGACCACGGUGUGGCAGCUCCUGCUGACGCAGGGCGUGCUGUACGGCUUCGGCGGCGCGCUGCACUAUUUCCCCGCCAUCGUGUACCUGGACGAGUGGUUUGUGGCGCGCAAGGGCCUCGCGUACGGCAUCAUGUGGGCGGGAGGCGGGGCGGCGGGCGUCGCGGUGCCGUUGGUGCUGGACUGGGCGCUGCGGACGUAUGGCGCGCGGAGCGCGUUGCGCAUCUGGGCCUGCGUCAUGCUGGUGCUGAGUUCGCCCGCGGUGUUCUACCUUAGGGGACGCCUGCCCGUGAGACAGUCGGGUACUGGGCCUAGGAAAGUGGAGUGGGCGUUUUUGAGGACGUGGGCGUUUUGGUUCCUGCAGGCCGGGAACGUGGCGCAAGGGCUGGGGUACUUUAUGCCGAGUCUGUACCUGCCAUCCUUCGCAGCGUCGCAGCACCUCUCCCCCACAACGGGCACGCUGGCCCUCUCCCUCACCAACGCAGCGACGAUCCUCGGCGCCGUCGCCACCGGCUUCCUCAUCGACCGCUACCACGUCACGACCGCAACCAACGUGUGCGCCCUCGGCAGCGCCGUGUCGGUGUUUGCGCUCUGGGGCUUCGCCACCUCCGCUGCCCCGCUGUACGUCUUUGCGCUUGCUAAUGGCGCUUUUAGUGGUGGCUUUGCGGCGACGUGGCCCGGGUGCGCGGGGCCGAUUGGGAGGGCGUGUGCUGCGAGUGAAGGGACUGUGCGAAACGAAGGGAGUGGGCGGAGUGGAGGCAGUUGGGGGCUCAGCGGGAACGUGGACGUCGCGAUGAUUAUCGCCGUGUUUGCGGCGGGCAAGGGCCUGGGCAGCGUGAUUGGCGGCCCGUUGAGCGAGGCGUUGCUGCGCUGGGAUGGCUGGGAGGGGAAGGCGCCUGGCGCGUAUGGCAGUGGAUAUGGCGCGGUGAUAGUGUUUUCGGGCGUUGCGGCGGCGGGGGCGAGUGUGGGGUAUUUGGGGAAGAGGCUGGGGCUGUUGUAG